AUGGAGCUGGCGUUCGACCUCUUCUACUCCUCUCAAGCUCGGCCCAUUAUUCCCUCCCCUUCUUCUCCCAGCGACCGGGGGGCACUGGCGGCCCUGCGGGCGAGCGAGUGGAACAUGGAGCUCGCCUUCGACCUCUUCUACUCCUCCUCCACCUCGGGUCAGCAGCUGAGGGCGUUGGGGCGCUCUGCUGCUCCUAAAGUGGACCCUCGGCAGCUGGAGCAUCUGUUUCUCAGAUACAAAGUCGUUCAUGCCGGCAUGAGUUUCGUGGUCGGAUGUCAUCCCCUGUAUAAGUUGAUUCAAUACUCUUCCUGCUCCCUACUGCUGCUGUGCUGUUUCCCUGCCUCAGACCCUCACUGCGAUCUAAUUCUCGUGGAUGGCGUUUCAAAGCUCUGUGAAGACCUCGAGGUGGAUCCUCAAGACAUUGUCAUGCUAAUACUAUCAUGGCACUUCAAGGCAGCGACCAUGUGUGAAUACUCCAAGGAGGAAUUUAUGCAAGGCAUGCAACGACUGGGUGUCAGUAGUGCGGGCGAGCUCAAGGCAAGGUUGCCGGCACUGCGAUCAGAAAUUAACGACGACCUCGUGGGGGGAAGAGGGAGGGGAGGGGGGAAGAGGGGGAAGGGGGGGUGUGUGGAGGGGGACGCUCAAGGCAAGGUUGCCGGCACUGCAAUGACUGUGGGAUCACUGUUUGCUGCUGCUGCUGCUCACACCCUUCAUUCCCAUCUCCUGCUUCUCUGCCUGCAGGGGUCACAAGUCUCUGGCAUUCGACACGGCCAUUGGCAUGUGGCAGCUGCUGUCCGCUGCUUCUACUCACGCCCCUCCUCAUCCCCAUCUCCCUCCUCUCUAUGCCCAUCUGCUGUUUCACGUUAUGCCCUGCAGGGUCAGAAGUCUCUGGCAUUCGGCACGGCCAUAGGCAUGUGGCAGCUGCUGUUCACCGCGCGGCCUUGGCGAUUCGUCGAGCAUUGGUGUGAAUACCUCCAGAUCACCGACCCAUCGCUCUCAUCGUACGAUGAGGAGGGAGCGUGGCCAUACCUCGUGGACGAGUUUGUGUCGCACCUAAGGGAGGAAGGGGUGGUGCCUAGCAAGCCUGAUGCUGCUUAG